GCACCAAUCCCUCCGAGAAAAGUUGCGCCAGAAAUUAUUAUACUAGGAGCCCCUAGGUUUGGGAAUCCCUAUGAUAAUAAAUUGGAUUUAUUCCUCUUUUAUCUAUUGCACCGCUAGCGUGCACCGGUGAUUGGGUGAGCAAGCCUUUCCAAUCUCUCGCUCUUGUGACCCUACGCCAAGAGUGGGUGAAUAGGUUUUUUUUGGAAAGCACAUUUCUAUUAGGCCCUCAACACUGGGUCCACUCAAGAGUCCGCUUCCCUUCAUUCCUGGCCUCCUCAGUCAUCUAGUUUCACCAGUGUUUUGGUUGGAGGGAAUAAAGAUGCCAUGUUGUCAGUUGAUGCUCGAUGCAAUUAUGUCUAUGAAUCAUACUGCCACCAGCACACCAUCAUGGUUGCGUCGUUUGCAUGCGAAAAAAGGAAUAUCUGUGCCAUCCAACCUACAAAUUGAUGACUUCAUCAAUGGAGAUGGAUCCCAACCUUCACUAUGCUUGCCUGUACCAACUUCUUCCUACCACCACCAUAAAAAUCUUCUUGACAUUUCCAAAAACCAACAUCAAAAGGCUACUGAGACCGAACAAUGUAAACCACCUAACAGUCAGACACAACAAAGCCCAAGGUUUGAAAAACCUCACAUGCCACAACCACAGCCCAAAGCCAUGAUUUCUAAUGUUUUGGGGACCCCUUCCAUUGAUCCCAUGGAUACCUUGCCCCUCAAGGCUUUUCGCAAGAAAAAGAAAUCCACCAGCAGCACAUUGUGCAACAAAUCCAUCAAUAAAGAGAUGCAGACCACCUUCAUGAUGUCAAACGUUCUAGAUGUCCCCUCAUGUAAUUCGAUAGAAACCACACCUUAUAAUCCCAUAUGCAAGCAGCCAAAACCCAAUACCAAUGUCACCAAUGCUUUAGCAAUCCCCUCCUCCACUCCAAUGAAUACCAUACAGCCUCGCAAAGGUAUGAAAAUGAACACAAAAGGAAAAAAUCGGUAUGAAGGCAAGUGGAAUGGUAAUAUUUAUUACACCAUCGUCGACACCAGUAUUGAUAAAUGCAAGGGCACCAAAAAAUCAAUUUGUAGCAAUGACUUCAUGGUCUCUAGCAAAAAUCCUAAGCAGACCUUUGAACAACAUGAUUCCAUCAUAAAGGGAAAGCGAAGGUUUAAUCUCCUCUCCAAUCUACAAGAAAAGUAUGAGAAGGAUAAAGAGGUCACCUUACAGGAAAAGAGCACAAAAGUCAAGAAUAAUCAUGACACUAGGGAUACGACAAGUGCAGUCAUAGAGAGGCCCCAAAGCAUUGAUAUCACUACCAUUGACACUAGUAUCAAUGGAUGGAAAGCCACCAAACACCUCAUCCAUAGGGGACAAGUUUGGGAGAUUGUUGAUAGAAAAUCCACAAUACGGCCUCUACACAAGAAAUUGUCUACGAUGAGGAAGAGAAAAUGGCUACACACAAGGAAUAAUGCUUUUUAGAGGUAAAGGUGUCAUUAAAAUAUUGGAUGGUCAAAUUCAAACUCAAAAAGGACUAGAUGUUCUCAACCAGUACUAGAAGACAAUGGUGACACUACUAUUCAAAUACAAACCAUAAGGAGGAGGAAGAUCUCAGACAUCAUAACAUUAAUUUAAAGGGGAAAAUUAAGCCAAUGAUUAUGUAGGAAAUAUAUUGUUACUUUAUUAUUACUGAUGAAUUAUGUUGAUUCAGUUACCAUCAGAUUGUUUCAUCCUUUCUAUUCGUUAAAGUCGUCAUUAAACUAAAAUAGAUAUUUUAAUUCUUGUGGUUGCUGGCAAGAUAAUGAAAUAAUAUGCUUUAUUAAAAAAAUAGGCCUACUAUAAGAACAUGAAUCAUUUUAUUCUC